CCGCGGGCGCCUUACAACGUCCGAGGGCCGUCCGGCCGCCGCAGGCCUGCCGCGCCCGGGUGCGACAGCUACCAGAGUGGAGUAUCUGCCUGUGUCCCACACGUUCCACAAAGCAUGCCGUGCCCUGGGAGUGCCCCUCACAGCUGCCCUCACCUCCUGCCAAGCCAGACCCCACCUGGCCAGCACACAGUGCCCAGCCCACAGCUCUCCGAGGAGGAAGAUGGCCUUGCCCGGGAGCAUGCCCUGAGCACCUGCCUCUGAUCCUUCAGCCAAGCAGCUGGGCAUCCCUAGCAGCCUGAGGGCAGCCGGCUGGGAGCCUGGGGGACGCCAGCCUGGCCCGGCUCACCCACAAGAUGUGGCCAGCCCUUGUGCUUGCCUGCAUCUCCUCCUUAUCCUUGUCUGCAGGCCGCGUGGCAUCGCAGGGCCCAGGGUCCUUAGGCCUCCACUGGACACAGGCUAACUUAGUCACAGAACGUGCACCCCGGGAAACAACUGAGAGCACCUUCAAUCAGACGUCAGGAAGGAUGACAACACCCUCUCCUGUCCCACCGGCCAAAGGGACUUUGGGAGCCAACCACAGCCCUCCUACAGCUGGGAGAGCACACAGGACAGAUGUGGGUGCUUCGCCAGCUGCAGCAGGUGCCCCCGACCUCACGGUCUCCAGGGUGUCCACGCUGCCCUCCCCGACGUCCACACGGCCAACUCCGUCGUCCACGGUGCCCACGCCGCCCUCCCUGACGUCCACACAGCCAACCCCGACGUCCACACAGCCAACUCUGUCUUCCACGGCCGCUCUCAACAAACCCCACGCCCAGGCGCCCAGCGUCAGCGAGUCUGCAAGAGCAGCACCUCUGACAACGCUGGCCACCAGCACUGUGGCUGCUGCCACCGGGGCAGGUACCAGCAGCGCCACGGGCACGCAGGGUCCUGCCGAGCACACAACCGGUCCGCAAGCACUCAGCACACUCACACCAGGCCCCACCACCCAGCCAUCGACUGCCCAGCGGGUGGCAGGCACAGUAAGUAGGCCCACCUCACGCCUAGUGAACACAAUCCCAGGGUCCAUCCUCUCCUCCGUGGCUUCCACGCCCACCACAGCAGCGACAGCCACCAAGGCACAAGCUGAGAGGCCAGCUGCCAGCACAGUGCCAGCUCCGGUGCCUCAUGCCAGCCCCACGCCCGGGGUGGAGGCCACGUCCCCCACGACACCGCCAAGCCCUGUUUCUUCUCCACGGGGGGCCACAGGGCCGGGCACGCCCCCCACACCAGAGCAGGUGCAGCCUGAGACCACAGGCAGUGCUGGUGCCACCGGGCCGACACCCGGGGGCUCCGGGGACCCGAAGCUGCCAACCACAGACUCGUGCCAGCUCAGCACCGAAGGCCAGUACCUGGUGAUCACCACCAGGCCCCUCCCGCUGUCCCCGGUGGACAGGAGCGCGCUCCUGGCCGUGCUCUUGCUCGGGGUGGCCCUUUUCUUCGCCGUCCUGGUUCUGUUCGCCCUGCAGGCCUAUGAGAGCUACAAGAAGAAGGACUACACGCAGGUGGACUACUUAAUUAACGGGAUGUACGCCGACUCGGAGAUGUGAGGCGGCGGGAGGCUGGCCCUCGGCCCCAGCGGACCUCGGAGGGCUGGGCCACCUUCCGUUUUCCCUCUGAGACCAAACCAAGUGCUUCCAAUUCUUCGGUGCGAGUCAGGAGAUGGCAGACGCUUAGACACAUGUGGUCGCUGUCGGAUCAGCGCCACAGUCACGGAGGAGCUGCUGCUUUCUCAUAUUUAUUUUUGUAACCCAUCAUGACGGAGCAGCAGUGAUUCGGCCGCGGGUGGGGCGGGUGUGUCAGAUGCUGGCGGGCAUUAAAGCAGUGACCGCGUCCCACUCACACCGUGUCUCCCCAUUUGUGUGGGCCCCGUCCUGCCCACCCUCGCCACGGGGGAGCCUUUGGGAGAUACCAGCGGCCCCGGAGGUUGCUG